UCCAUCUCAGGCGCGAGGUUUGAAGAGCUGAAGAGACAGAUCCUGUGCGAAAUAGGAAAAUGAUAUGUUAAAAAACAAGAUUUCAACAGUGAAAUGGAGCUUGAGCCCUUCAGUCUGAGUCCAUACAGGAACAAGGUGGACGUGUCCGGCCCUGACCCAAUAGCAUGGUUUAGGACGGGACAGCUUGUGGCUGCAGCCACUGGUGUCAGUAAGCUUUUGACCUGGUGCAGUCGGUGUCUAGGAAAGAGUUUAAAUGUAGCACGCAACAAGGUGUUUCCCCAUCAUUGGUACCAGGAGGAACUCCAGAAGAUGUUCGAGCGGCUGGAUGACCUGGAAAGAGAACUUCAGCAGCUGAGAGAAUCUAGACCAGAACAGUCUGCAGACAAAACUACAGUUUUAUCCCCUGGAACCUGCUCAGGAUGUCGGUGUCCUCAGUGUGGGAAGUCAGUCUCUGCGGUGCCCAUGGCAUCAGUUGCUCCCAUACCACUAGCUGGUGUUCCACCACCCCCACCUCCACCCCCUCCCCCUCCCCCUCCUCCAGUACACACCCCAACCCCGACAUACAUCAGGACAAGGAAGCGAAGAAUCAGCUCCAAGGAGGAGAGCAAUACUAGACCUUCUGUGACCUUGGAACAGCUACAGCAGGUGAAGCUGAGGAGAGCUGAGCCUAGACCACCACUGAGAGCAGAAAACAACCAGAGACAGAGUACGCCUUUGUCUCCUGAAUUUGACUUAAGACAACGGGUACUGAAGACAGCGAUAAGCCAGGGCAAGGAAAAUAUUCAAGAUAGGAUUGCAAGUGAAGUGCUAGGUUUUAAAGGCAGUCUGAAGAAAACCACUAUAAAGAGAAGCCCAGGGGGUACCCCUAUAGUGAAACGCAAACGGCCAACAGGAAAGGGCUUAACUCCCAUGAUGGCUACAGCAUUGAAGAAAAAGUUUGUUUUUGCAAAUGAUAGCCGCUCCUCCAGUGAUGAUUCGAUGGAUGGAUCUCCGUCGCCACGUCAUAAGAUAUCCCCACUGGCUCAGAUUCCAGGUCGUCAAUCACCAGACAGCACUACUCCAUGCAAACAAUCCCCACUUAUGGAUAAUGCUAACUAGUCUAGACCAGUGGUUCUGUGAUAUUCCUAUAUAAACUACUUCUGGCUGUGUUAUAUAUAUUUAUCAUGUAGCAACUCCUUUGUUAAAUAUUAGAUCUUAAAACUAAUCAGGAAAAAUAUUAAUAUAUUUAAUAUCGGUGACACUAUAUAUUCCUAUGUAGCUGUUCAAGCCUUGUUAGAAUCAAACAAUAUCAAAAUGUAUCUUUUUUCAUUUUGAAAACAAUAAUCUCGUAACAAUAAAAGAAGUUAUCCCCCUUCAGACAGGCGUAAGCAAGUCUGUUCCAAUAGAGCGCUUCAUUAAGUUGGUAUAGGGAUUUAUUUUCUAAUCAUCAAAGCAUGAAAUUGUUUAAGGACAUGCUGUAGAUCUGCUAUUACUAGCGGUAAUAUCAUGUCAUGUUGAGAUAUAUCUUGAGCUUUAUACAAUGUUGAUUAUGAUUUAUACUGCUUUGGGUCUGCAGUAAGUAACGAAUACUACAAAACACAUGUCUAUUUUUAUGUCAUUAUAAUGAUUCCUUUUUCUUUCUUUUUUUUUGUUACCAGGCUGUAACAUUGCCCUUGUAUUCAUAUCUGUUUAUCAGUUGGAAGUGUUAUUGUCAUACUAGUAGUUUUUCAUCCAUUAUGUCUUUCAAAGUACAUAAGAUUAACAAUUUUGACAGGUUUUUUUUCUUACUUCUCUGCAUUUAGAGGGUGAAUAUUGGUCACUUUGUUUAUUCAUAUCUUAUAAAUAUACUGUAUGCAUAUGUUCAUUUCCUUAAUAUUUUGUUUCAAAACUGUGAAGUGCAUGUUGUCACCAGCAUAGGUAUGCCUGGUAAGAUUCCAUGCCUAAAUGCAAAGACUACGUCAAAUUUAAAGGGCAUUCCUUUUUUUGAAUAAAGUUUAGGUCUUCAAAAUAAAACUUACUGGAAAAUAGGUAUUUUUUCCAAGUAGCAAAAUUUUUAAUCACAUUAAUACAGCAGUUUUACUCUCAAGAUAAACCAAAGUUCUUCGAGAUUUAAGCCCAAAGUAUCACUAAUUAAUGCAAAGACAUACGAUAUUUGUAUACCUGGGACGUCUUUUCCCUGUACGUUUUGGGGCAAAUUUCAUUGCUUGUUGGAACAAACACUCAUAUAAUCAUCGUUCAUAUGUAGAUUUCAUCAAUAGAAAUUGUGCAUGUUUCUGAUCUCUUAACGAAGGAAUGCCCUUUUGAACAGAACUUAUUAUUGGACUUAAUACAAGCACUGUACUAUACAGUACUGUAUGUAUGGGAAGUGCAGAGUUUAAAAGAGGCAAAAGGUGGUGUGUCUUUCGAAUUAUGGUCUUUUUUGACAGAAUAUCAACAGAGAUUAAGAAUAUACAUGUGAUAGUGUUAAUAUAGUUCUAAUGGCUUUAGUAGAAAAGCAUGUGAUACGUUUUCUAACUGUUUUGUCUUUCAUAUUGAUUUAUCUGCUUUGCAUGUGUAAAUCUUUGAAAUACCACAAAAUGUUCCUCAUUAUUUGAAAUGUCAGAUGUUACUGUAUACUGAUUAAAAACUUUGCUUAAGUCUUUGUUAAAGGAUGGAGUGAAGGAUUUUAAAGGAUGGAAUGAAGGAUGGAAUGAAGGAUUUUAAAGGAUGGAAUAAAGGAUUUACUCAAAUUCACCAAUUGUAGUCCCCUUCCAUCCUUUUCACUUCGGUGUCUUUUAAAUCUCCUGUAUUCUUAUGCCUCUUGAUGCACGGAAGGUAAAUGUUUAAAAACCUUUACCAUAUUUCAUAUCUGGACAAACAUUUAAAAAAUUAAUGUGAUUGUGGUCAUUUGUUGCAAAUAUAUCAAUGUAAACUUUAUCUAUUUUACAAAAAAUUGCAAGGCAAGUUAUAAAAAACUUGCAUUAGUCACUCUUGUUGGCCUGGAUGGAAGUGAACAAGGGGUCUUAAUAUGGGGUGAAACAGAAGUACCAGGACAAACCCAUGUAGUCAAUGGCCAAACAGGUUAUCCCCAUACCAUCAUGUCCAUUCAGGGAAUCGAACUCCAGCCUCCUAGGUAUGUGACCACUCUACCACCUAACCACCCAAUCAGUCAUUGGUUUUUGCAUUAAAUAAUUUCGAAUUUCAUGGUUGAUUGAAGCUACCAGCUAAAUAGAAAUAUGGUAUCUGUUUAUAAGUAUAUUCUUGCAACAGCCAGGGUAUUAUGAGGACAAAUAUCAAGAAAACGCCCACAAAAGGAAAAAGAGACACAGAAAGAUAGCGAAGAUAGGAAGGAAUCAGAUAAGUAAGAGAUGAUAAGUUAUAUAAGUAUCACCAAGUAUAAUGAGGAUCCACAUUCUGUAUUUGCUUAAUGAGUUCUAUAGACCUAGAAUGGACCUGCUAGGCCAUAUAAAACAGUGAUGUGCAAUGAUAAAGGUGUUUGGGAUUUAAAUAGAAACUUCUUUUGGUGUCAAAGUGCAAUUCUAUAAAAUUGCAACAUAUGAUAAUGAAGUACAUAUUUCAUUUUUCAUGGAUUUAUAUAUGAAAAUUAUGUUCAUGUAAGUAAAUAUAUUAUUAUGACUGACUGUUGAUUGCUGAUGUUAACAAUGGGAAUUUUUAUAGGAGUCUUCUCAUUUAAUGCAUCAAAAUAUGCAAUCUUGAUUAAAAUGAGAUAUUUACUUCCACUCAAUAUAUUGUAAAAUGUUCAUUCCUGAUUUUAGUCAGUUUAGGAAUAUCAGGAUUUGUAUCAGUCUUUCCUAUUGCUUUUAAUAUAUAUAUAUAUAUGUAUAUACUUGUAUCCAUCAUGUGCCAAUAUAUAAAUAAAUCAU